AUGCUCUCCCGCACCAUCCUCGCCGCCCUCGUCAGCGCCGCCUGCUUCACGACCAUCAACGCAGACUGCAGCCCUGAAAACGAGAAAUGCUGCAGAGACAUUGAGGACAAGGAUCACCUUGAUGAUCGUACCAAGGGCUUGCUCGGACUCUUGAGAGUGGAUGUUGAUAGCCUAAUCGGCGAUGUCGGUCUGGAUUGCACCAGUAUUCUUGGCGGUAGCUGCUCCAACAAUGCUGCUUGCUGCAGUGGCAAUGACUUCAACGGACUCAUUGUGCUUGGCUGCACCCAGAUCCAGUUGUAG